ACAAUCUCUAUGCAGUUUUGUUGCACUCAUAAAUAUUUUAUUGUCGUCCGAACCAUUUCUUCAAACGUUGCAUGGGAUUCUGGUGCUCCGUCAUCCGACCCGUUUUUUGAAACUAACAAAUUUAAUUACAUAUUUAUUUAAAAAAUCGAAAAUAAGUCUGGGUUGUAUUAACACCCCAAUGGUUCUGUUGUUAUCAAUAUAUUGGCGACUCCUACGCCUCACAAAUGUAACCGCCAAAUUUUUAAAUUUUAGUGUUCCUUAACAAUGAUUAAAAUAAUAUGUGAAUACAAGACCAGUUGAAGAAAACUAGAAGAACUUAUGUUAGUUUUUCGUGUUAUCUCCUAAAGCUUUUGAAUACAACCCAGUUCCCAUAGAUCAAUAUUAUUAGGUGACUAAUAGAAGGGCUUUCAUUGGAGAAGUCUAAUGGCCUUUAUCAUGACUAAGCCACAAAUGCUAUUUUUUGCAAAUGUUAUUAACUGGUUUUACAGUGGGUUAUUUUAACAGAAAUGAUUUAACAGAACUUUUAACAUCAUAUAACCUGCAUCACUAUAAUUAAAUUUUCAAUUGAUAAGACAACUGAAAUAAUGGAAGUCCCCUUUAUUGUUUUUUGUCGGUAUAAAGACGACUGGUAGCUGUUUCUUGAUUUCAGUACUAAAAAGUUCUUCAACAGAAAACAACACACAUUUUGUAAAAAGAAUUAGUGAUUUUACAAUUUAUAAAAUAAAAUGGGAUCAGUCUUGGAAAAGAGCAGUUGCAAGCAAACAAUGUACGGCACCGAGAACUUGGAAUUGUUGGAUCGUCAGUUGUCGCAAAUAGCUUGCAACGCGGAUCAUUGGCUAAAACAGAAGAACACUAGCUUUCUUUUGGGCCCAAAAGCAGUGGCCAAUGACGACCCGAAAGCCAAACCUUAUGACCCUUUGGAAAAACAGAAAAAACUUUUGGCGUUGAUGCGCAACCUACCGUAUUCUCCACCCACUCCUGAAAUGAUGAAAGCAUUAACCACCGAAUUUACGGAUUCAGAUUUGACCACUAAUGCGGUAUUCGCGGAGUACCUGACCACCAGGCGAUUGGAGUUCUACAACGUAUGCACCGUGAUGCAAAUUCUGCUGAGCAUCGAGGACAUAAGCACAAUGCAGCUCUACGCCCAACUGAUCCAGCCCGAUGUGGCUGUGCAGCGGGUUUCCAAGCUCAGAUACAAAAUAGCCCUGAACACCAAGGGCGUGAACGCCGAGGACGUGGUGGCCCCCAACUUGGACGAGGUGGUGCUGGUGCCCAAGUCCAGCUUGCUGUCCUCUCCGCUGCCUAAGCAACUUUUGCUGGCUCUGCUCCCACAUGCCCACGAGGGCCUCCAAUUGAAGGAUCCCAUGCGUCGGCAUGUGGCAAGUGUGGAGCAGGUAAGUCGCACCACAGUCCACAUUCGGUUCAGCCGUGGAAGCACCCCCGGCGAUGAGGAGUUGCUGAGUCAGCGAUUCUGUGCUAUAAUCCGCUCCAGGCGCACUCCCUUCCGCUACAUGUACCGCGCUCUAAAGCUGCUCCAGGAGAGCCCCUUGAUACGCCGCUACCUGUUCCCGUUCCCCGGCUGGUUGACCCAGAUGGUGGACCGGUCGAUGAUCGAGCUGCGCGACUGCGCAAUCCUGCCCAGCUGGUUGCAGGUGAAGCCACCUCCGGAGCCUGCUCCUCCGGCUGCAAUCUGCCUGCUAAAUUCCACCAUCUAUUCCAACGCGGAGCAGUUGCAGGCGGUGCAGAGAAUUGUCGCAGGACCAAGUCCCCAGGGACCUUACAUUGUGUUCGGACCACCAGGCACUGGCAAAACCACUACCAUUGUGGAGGCCAUUUUACAGCUGCGCCUUCAGCAACCCGGAAGCCGCAUCCUUGUAACCGCCGGUUCGAACUCGGCCUGCGACACGAUUGCCUUGAAACUGUGCGAGUACAUCCACAGCAAUGCCCGACUCAAGGAUCACUUUGCCCAUCAGGAGCAGCCGAAGUCGGAUCACCAGCUGAUCCGUGUUUUUUCGCGCUCCAUCCACCACAAGGGACUCAAGUCCGUGCCGGCACUGCUGCUGAAGAAUUCCAACUGCUCGAAACAGGUCUACGAGCAUCUUGGAGUUUCACACAUACUCCAGUAUGGCAUCACAGUAGCCACUCUCUGCACCGUGGGCCGUCUGGUCACCGAUGACCUCGGCAAGCACAACUUCUUCAGCCACAUCUUUAUCGACGAGGCGGGCGCUUCCACCGAACCGGAGGCUUUGAUCGGCAUCAUGGGGGUCAAGCAGACUGCAGAUUGUCACGUGAUCCUGUCCGGUGAUCACAAGCAGCUGGGCGCCGUGAUCAAGAGCAAUCGAGCUGCCUCUUUGGGGCUCAGCCAGUCUCUGAUGGAGCGGCUCCUGCGCUCCGAUUGCUACAAGUUGGACGAAAACGGAAACUAUGAUCGUACCCUGCAGACGCGUCUGCGUCGGAACUAUCGAUCCCAUCCGCAGAUUGUGGGCGUCUUCAACGAACUCUACUACAACGGAGAGCUGAUCCCUCGGGCUCCGGAUGAGGAGGUGAACUUAGCCGCCAACUGGAGCCUGCUGCCCAAUCCCUUGUUCCCGAUCAUCUUUCAGGCCACCCAUGGAGUGACCAAAAGGGAGCAGAACUCCACCAGCUCCUACAAUCAGCUGGAGGCAAAUGUGCUUUGCUGGUACGUAAAGCGACUGUUGAACGAUGGCCUCGGAAAAGGGAGGACAGUCAGCCAGGAGGACAUCGGCAUAGUUGCUCCGUAUACCGCUCAAGGUAAACUUGUUACCCAACUGCUCCAAAGCCAGGGCCACCCCAACGUCGAGGUGGGCAGCGUGGAGACCUACCAGGGCCGCGAGAAGCCAAUCAUCAUUGCAAGUCUGGUGCGCUCCUUUGCCAACAUGGGCUUCAUGCGCAAUCCCCGCCGGGUAAAUGUCCUCCUUUCACGGGCCAAGUCCCUACUGAUCCUGGUUGGCAAUCCAGUCACCCUGCGCCAUCACCGGGACUUCAAGACAAUUAUCAAUAGCUGCAAGCUUCAAGGAACAUAUCUCUUCAAGAAGAAGAACUCCCAGGACGGGCCGAUAUUCCUGCCCGACGUGGAGGAAGAAGACUCCGAUGAGGAGUCGAGCAGUGAGCUGGAGGACGACGAGCUCACUCCCUGGUAUGCCAAGAUGCCCCAGGACAUAAGUGUGACCAGGGAAAAAGAGGAGAAGCGCCUCACCGCAUCGGAAGAGGAACUCAACGAAGCUAUAAAUAAAUCACUGGCCCAGUUGUCUAUAAAGAAAUCCCCAAGAUUUUCGUCCACUAAAAUUUCAUCAAAGCUGGGCAAGCUGUUAAAAACAAAUCCAAACUGAAACUACAGGACAUGUUUGUUAGGUAGGUAUAAGCCGUAGAUUAAGUGAGCAAAGACAGACCCGAAAAGUUCAAAGUACAUAAUUCUCUAGAAGAGAUGUCAUGAAAGAAGUCCUAACUUCAUAGCUGCUCAUACUGAACUAAAAAUUCUGAGCCGUCGCUAUUUGUAUAAGUUUUUGUAUUUUUUUAUAUAAGCUUCUGAUAACAAUACUUGUUUAAUGCAGUCUAAGACUACGUUACGAAGAAGAAUACUCUUGAUAAUCCAUUUAAUGGCCUGCGAAUGAAGAAAGAAAAUCAUUUGAAAUAAGAUUUGUUUAAGAAAUGGACCAGUCAAAUCCAAACGUGUGAGUUCUCAUGAAUGUUAAUUCAACUUCGACGUUUUAAAGUUUUAUAUCCAACCAAAUCGGUGAUUCAAAUCGAUGUGUAUGCAUUAUCAUAUAUUUAUAUUUAAGCAGUGUCUAUAUAAUUAGUAAAACGAUUACAAAAUACAAAUACAAUGGAGUUGC